GGUGGCGUCGCGAUGUGCGCGAGUGUGUCUUUUGGUCACAUAAAAAUAGAGUUGGCAAGAGCUAUGGACGUCCCCUACCCACACCAAGUACGCCCCAGGAUGUCAGAUGAACAGCUUCAUCCCAUGCUCACGAUUUGGUUAACGGCACUUCAGGAAAUGCAAGAAUGUCCUCCCAAUGUGUUACCAGCGUGGGUCAUACCGGUCGUGCGCCAUCUGGCAGGCAAGGAGUUUGUGGAAAGAACGAGUGGAUGGCGCAUUCACUGUAUGCAUGCCACCUGCUUGGUCUUAGCCCUGGCUGACCGGCGAAUUUGCGUUACAUUGGGUGUCCGGCCCCUCAGACGUGCUGUCAAGUUUGUCAUCCAGGCGUUGGGAAAGUUGCUGCACCAUGACAGUGAAGGCUACGCAUGCUAUCGUGAAAUGCUAGAGGUUAUAUGCGAGAAGCGAGUGUUUGUCACUCUGAGUAGUGUUGGUAUCGACCCUAUUCUCUUCGGAGACCUCGGAAGAGAACUAUUCGGCGUCCUCAAUAGUAACAAUGUUGCGGAUCUCACUGGACACAUUCUGGGACUGGCACUGGAGCUCACCGGUAUUCCUGCUGUGUCUGAGGAGGUGCUGCAUGCUGUUGUUUCACAGUUAAUCAGCUGCCAAAAGGUGCAUUCGUAUCUUUUAGCAGAACGCUUUCUGCAGACCUUGCCUUCUGAACUAGAACCUGCGGUAUCACGGCUGCUCCAUCAUGAUGUCAGAGACCAAAUUUCACCUGAUUGUAAAGACCACGAACGCGUCUUCGCCAUCUUGAGCGCUGUUUACUGUGUGCGGCCGUCACUGACGGGUGAGGCUAUAUCAUCUCUGCAAGACGUGGUUCUGUGUGAAGACGACGGGAAGAGGCGAGCAGCUACGCGAUGUCUCGGCAAGAUGUUGUCCGAGGGUAGCAUGGCCACUUCGUACUGGACAGGAUCUCUAGUUAGCACCUACCUGAUGAGGUUUGACGACAUUUCAGAGACCGUUCGUCUCGAAUGCGCUACGCAUACCUGUCAACUGUUGUUGCGCUGUCCUGAAAGAUUACCUGCAAGCAUAGCAGGGGUCCUGAAACGAAGACAAUGGGAUCCAAAUAUGCAGGUGAGGCUCGCUAUCGUGAAGGGCAUCGCGGAAGCUCUGAAGAAGGGCAUGGACAUCGACAACGACCUCUUGAAGAUCGUAGCAAACAGAGUCUUCGACAACGAGCCUGAAGUACGCCGCGAAGCUGCAUCGGCGUUGGCGUCACUUUACCGGAGGAACGCUCUGGGAGUCUCGACCACGGAGUCGAGAUGCUGUUGGGUUGCCAGACCAGUACUCAAGCUGUACCUCCAGGGCGAUGCUGAAGAUAGGGCCCACGUCGAAAAGUUGCUCAGGAGAAAGCUAUUGCGAGUGACCAUGGAAUCGUCGUAUCGCAUGCAAUGCUUGCUCAAUUUGCACCGGGCCCUGGAUAAGCAAGCACAGUGGGCCUUCAGCAAGCUGCUCAAAAAUAGCUUUAGAGUACUCGACCUGUUGCGAGCAGAGUUGCGCAUGAUUGGAGGAGCAACUGACGCUAGUAUUGAAGAGAAAGAAGAGUUAAGCACUAUCCUCAUAGGUCUGGCUGAGUGCCAUACAAGAAAGGAAAUCGCCACUAGAGCACUGGUUUCAGUGUUCAACGAACUCUCUGAGAACACAACCCUGUGUGACAAGCUGGCUUCGGCGCUCAACCCAGAGAAAAGCAGUGAACUCGUUCAUCUUGAAUCGUUAGUGAGCCAACUGCCGCUGCAGAGGUUCGCCGAGAAAGACACAUCCGUCUCCAUAUUCCACGACCUGUGCAUAUCAGCCACAUGCAAUAUGAUCGGGAGCCGAGACGCAAGGUGUCUUCUGGGUCUGCUACGACAAGAGCCUCAGGAAGAGGUCGUCGAAGACAACAUACACUUUGUGGGAUACGGCGCUUCUGGAGACCCACCACCGCUCCUGAAGGUAUUAUCCUCGACAUUCUCUGCGUCGUUCUUGAGACGGGACGUCAUAGAUGAAUUAUUUGCGAUGCUGAGCACGACAACAUUGGUGGAGCACGCACUGUGUGCUUUCACACAGAUCGCUUCCGAGCUGCAUGAAAACGCUGACAAGCAAUUUCUCAAAAACCUCGAGGAGCUGCUCGAAGAAAGGGUGCUGACCGGGACACUCAAGGAGAGGAAGCUAGCCGUCUUAUGUCUAAGUCGCAUGGCUGUCAACACAGAAAGGUUCUUUCGCAAAGUAGUUGAGGAUCUGCAAGCAAUGCUGACCUUCGAGUCCGAGCACUGCCGGGAAGCUAUUUUAACUAUAGGCCACGUCGCACGUUGGAAGGCUUCCUACUUUGAAGACACUUUCGCGGAUAUCUUUGUGGUUGCCGUGAAUACUCUGGUGCUGGACGACAGGGACGCCAAUGCAACGCAAACAGCAGAAGCUUGGUGCGAAUACCAACUGCUUUCCGAAAAGGCCAAAAUUAAGGUCGAAUGUCUGAAAGCGCUCGUGCGGUUCAUUCUCGGCAGGUGGACAGAUAUUCAUCUUGCGCAGAAAGGCUUUUCUAUCCUCUUCUGUAUAGUGGAUGGUGCAGAAAAUGGCAACCUUACAGCAAGCAAUUCGGAGGCAUCGUGGCUUCAAUACGUGGCUGCAACUGGCGUGCUAAGGCUGUGCUGUUGCAUCAAUUACAGUCACGCGCUCACACCCCAACAGUUCCAGAGACUAGCAAUGGUACCACGGUGUGGGUGCCUAGAAGUUCGCUUAGGCGUUUUGAAGAAACUGUCCCGAUACGUGGAGGCCGGUCGAUUGCCGGUGCAGUUUCUCGCCUUGUUUGCUCACAGUGCACAUGAACGUGAUGCCACCUUACGCCGAUGGGCUCACAGGGCACUCACGCGUUGUGUACGUGUGCGCCAGGAUCAGCUCCAAAGGAAAGAGGAAGAUAAUGCCAGCCGCUUCAUGAGACAGCCAGACUACAUGAUUCCUUAUGCAGUUCAUCUCCUCGCCCACUUUGAUGAGCUCGUGGAUCACACGUGCCUUGCAGCUCUGGCCUAUAUCAAAAGGUGCUUUUACUUCCUCCUGGAGCCGUUGAUGAAGCACAGCUACUGGUAUGAACCACACUUCUACGUGGAUCUCUUGGAGACCAUCAAGCAGACACAAGACGCUCAGGAUCCGACCAACGAAAUGGCUAAUUUGAAGCUUUACGCCGUCUGCGAUGUGGCAGUGGGUGUGGUCAUCUCCAAAGGGGCUGAAACGACUCGUGCCACGACGCAGAAAGUAGCACUUCCUGCAAAGCUGUUCAUUCCCGUUAAGCAGAUGAGACACUGGAACGAAAAUAUGUACUUGACAAGGCAACUGCUCUUCACACCCCCAAAGCGCAAGGGAGUGGACAUGAGUGCUUUCGGCAUCAAAAGAAGACUGACGUCUACAGCAUCUGAUGAAAAGUCUCCAGCCGCAGAGGGCCUCGAUCAUAGUCAUGAGCCACGUAGCCCCGCAGAAAGCGAGGAGCUCCGAAGGUCAUUCCAUGAGCAGAGCGUUUAUUCAGACUACGAAGCUGAAGACGCCAUUGAUCCCAGCCUGGUCUCUAGCCGAGAAUUUCGCGAGAGGUCAAGGCGUCAUUCCGAGGACGACACAGUAACUAUGAAUGGGCAGAACGUUUUAGAAACCGAUAGCCAGACGGUUUCUUCGCCUGAAGGGCAACAGCAUGCGCCGCCAUCGGAUCAUGAUCAGGAUGCCUUUUACAACAUGAAUAGUGAGACCGAAGUCUCGGAACAGUCUUCUGCAUCACGAACGUCUGUCGUCACAGUUUCCUCUUCGGAGUCAGGAGGACACACGUGAAUUAAGCGACCAUAUCGUUUACGUCUUGUUGUCUGUCGCAUCUUUGUAUUUUGCUUUUUCGAUUUGGGUUGAUCAGCGAUUCUGUCCUGCCAGCUUUAUUCUGUAGUAAUGUCGGCCUGUGCUUCUGGCUAUUAUUUGUUUAUUGACUAUACGACUUCUUCACGUUUUGUACGGCUGCAAUAAAUGCUUGCUGCGAAUAAC